CUCGGAAUAAUCUUGACCGAUGUCACACUAGAUAAAAUUACCUAGAUGAAAUAUAAAAUACGUCCCAUGAUUCGUAGAGAGAGGAUCGCGGCUGAGUAAAGUUAAUCGCAUCUUGCUUUUACCCCUGGCUGCUCUAGUUUGCUGCCGUAGUCUAUAUCUAGAAACUACAUAGCACCAACAAAAUCUACCUUCUGCUAUCAGGAUCUAGAUAUCAACCUAUUCCCGUUAGUUGGGUUCACACAAUAUGACGACAUUUGCCCGGUCAACCUUUUCAGCCAAGGCCUACGCGGCUUUUCGACCGGCUUACCCACCAUCAGUCUUCCGUACCGUUCUGAAUUACCAUCAGUUACCCGCACCUGGGGGCACCUUGCUGGAUCUCGGAUGUGGACAUGGGAUCAUCACACGUUAUCUUAGACCGCAUUUCAAAUCAGCGCUCGCCAUCGACCCGUCGGUAGGGAUGAUAGCGCAAGCCCAGCAAACAACCGCCGAUCCCGAGAUCGUGUUUCGACAAGGUAGUGCGGAGGACCUGAGUUUCUUGUCCGAUGGAUCUGUGGAUAUGGCCGUUGCGGGUCAAGCUGCGCAUUGGUUCGACUACGGCAAAGUCUGGCCCAAUCUCGCGCGGGUAGUCCGUCCCGGAGGCACCGUGGCUUUCUGGGGAUACAAGGAUAACGUGCUGCUCGGCACCGAACAUGUCACGGAGAUUAUGGAGGAGUUUAUUUACGGCUUUGACGAGGUAGCACCGGGGUGGACGGGAAUGGGUCCAUGUUGGGAACAGCCUGGACGGAACAUCCUAAGGGACCUUCUACGCAGUGUGCGGCCUCCGGAGUCAGACUGGGCGGACGUGAAGAGGCUAGAACACGAGCCUGGAAAAGAGGACACGGAGGAGACCUGCUGGCUAAGAAAGAAUAUGAAGUUGGGCGAGGUCGAUAGUUAUCUGAGAACGUUCAGUUGUUUCAUUGCUUGGAAAGAUGAACAUCCCGAUGUUAAGAGUCGAACAGAGGGUGGAGAUGGUGAUAUAAUCGAUGUUAUGUGGGAUCGCAUUAUCGAUACUGUUCCUGAAUGGAAGGCAAUGGGUGGUCGAUGGCGGGAAGCUGAGGUCAUAAGUGAUUGGGGCACUUAUAUCCUGAUGGCUAGACGGCGGUGAAACCAUCAAUGUUCAAAGUUGCCUUUUUACCGGAUGUUAAAGAUCAAUAGAAAUACCUAGCUUUCUCAUGUACCUAAGUAUUCAUCUGGAAUUGACUUUGAACUUUGGAAGUUGCAUCCAUCUGUACCUAGUAUUAUAUACGUAAAUAGUAACCUUAAUAAUUCAUGUUAUUGGUUUAGAUGGG